CGUUUACCGUGAAAAAGUUGAUGGCCACCGGUAGGGGGAUUCCCGCAAAUUUCAUCGACCAGGCAUCAGUAGCCAUUACUCCUUUAUGCCGUUUGGUUUUGUGAGCUUUCAGAAAAAAUUCAUAACAACGAAGAUUCAGGAAUUUCCUCAGAAUGGAUGAUGGGUGGGACGACAAUCCGCCUCCUAUGAGCGAAAACAAUUCCUCAUAUAAUCAGGGUCGUAGUUUUGAGACACGUGAGUGGAAAAAUUCGUCGAGAAGCGGCAGAAGGGACGAUGGAUACAGUCAUCGUCGUGACGAUGGGCAUAAUCGUCGUGGAGGAGGUGGUUACGACAGGAGGGAUAACGGCUACAAUAAUAGGAGGGAUGAUGGCUCCAAUUGGAGAAAUGGUCAGAACUCUCGUCGAGAAAAUGGCAGCUACAGCAAUGAAAAUGAUGGUGAUCUAGUUAUCUACGUGCCUCAGCAGAUGGUGGGAAAGAUUAUUGGACGUGGGGGAUGCAAGAUUAAGGAAAUGCAAGAAGAAAGUGGAGCGAGAAUCGGGAUUGACAAAUCAUCCCAAGGAGGAGAUGCAGCAGUCACUAUUAAAGGCUCCAAGGAUUCUCAGAAUCGCGCAAAAGCUCUUAUAGAAGAAUUGAUAGGUGACCAGCAGUCACAGCCCUCCUAUUCAUCCCCUCACCAGUCAAUUUACGGAGAGUCCUUCAGUCAACCAACAGAACAGGCUUCCGAGGCUCCCGAGCGUGACCCACUAGACUUUGGAGACUUUGACUGGACAAAAGCUAAUGAGGAGCAUCAGAGGUUCCAAAAGGAGCGGUGGAGGGACCUCCCGCCCAUGAAGAAAGACUUCUACGAGGAGUUACCAGAGGUGCGAGAUCUCACUGACGAGAAAGUUGCUGAGAUUCGUGCUAGCAGGAACAAUAUCGAGUGUCGUAGAGUCUUCGAAGCAGAGGAGGAAUUCAAGGUGCCGAAUCCCAUCACAUCAUUUCAGCAGGCAUUCCAUAAUUACCCUGAGAUCCUUAACGAGAUAAAGAAGGCUGGCUUCGUUGAGCCUAGUCCUAUACAGUGUCAGGCGUGGCCUAUUCUCCUUGGUGGCCGGGAUAUGAUUGGCAUUGCCCAGACUGGAACUGGAAAGACUCUAGCCUUUCUGCUACCUGCUAUGAUUCAUAUUGAUGGACAACCAGUCCCUCGCAACGACAGGGCCGGACCUAAUGUUCUCAUCAUGGCUCCAACACGAGAAUUGGCGCAACAGAUCAGCAAGGAGGUCAGUAAAUACGAGUACAGAGGUAUCAAAGCAGUCUGUCUGUAUGGCGGAGGUCCACGUCACGAACAGGUGGCGAAAGUGGAGAAGGGCGUUCAAAUCGUCAUAGCAACUCCAGGAAGACUGAAUGAUCUCGUGAUGUCCGGCGCCAUUAAUGUUAAGGAUGUAACGUAUCUCGUUCUGGAUGAGGCAGAUCGAAUGCUGGACAUGGGCUUUGAGCCCCAGAUCCGCAAGACUCUGCUGGACGUGCGUCCAGAUCGUCAGACUGUGAUGACCAGUGCGACAUGGCCGCAGGGAGUUCGGAGACUCGCCCAGUCCUACAUGUGUGAUCCGAUCCAGGUGUACGUUGGAUCUUUGGACCUAGCAGCCACUCACACUGUUAAACAGACCAUCAUCAUCUGUAAGGACGAGGAGAAGACUGACAUCCUCCGGGAGUUCUUUGACACCAUGAAGAAGGACGACAAAGUCAUUGUGUUCUUCAUGAGGAAAACUCGUGUUGACGAACUGUCGAGUGAGCUAGCUCUUUCUGGAAUACAGGCCCAGAGCAUUCAUGGGGGACGUGAUCAAAUUGAUCGAGAGCAAGCGUUGGAGGACAUUAAAACAGGUGAUGUGAAGAUUCUCCUCGCUACCGACGUCGCAUCUCGUGGAAUCGACAUUGAGGACAUCACCCAUGUUUUCAAUUAUGAUUUUCCUAGGGAUAUUGAGGAAUACGUUCACAGGGUCGGCAGGACUGGACGUGCAGGGAGGACAGGGGAAAGCAUAAGCUUGAUUUGCAGGGGUGACUGGGCACUUGCCAAAGAGCUUAUCGCUAUUCUGGAAGAGGCCAGUCAGGAGAUACCUGAGGAACUCUACAGUAUGGCUGAUAGGUACAAAGCCUGGAGGAAGAGGAAAGACGAGGAGAGAGGAGAAGCUGGCUCGUACGGAGGAGGCAGUGGACGCUAUGGGGGUGGAGGUGGACGAGGUGGCGGUGGUGGAAGAGGAGGAGGUCGACGAGGUAAAUGGUAAUCUCAGCCAUACUUCUACAUAUUCAAAAUUACAUUUUAUCUUUCUCAUAAAAAUAAGUUGAUCAUUGAACCAAUUAAAUUGGCUAAGGGCUCUUUUCAUAAUUUAUUUAUGAACCUUUGGAUUUUGGCAUUAAAAUUUCCGCGGAAUUCUCCAGAAAUGACCAUAACUGUUGGAUAAUCUUAUGCAAAACCUGAAUUAAACAUUGAUGGAAAGAUUUAAGUUUUAUCAACGAUAUUGCACAUUAGCGUUACAAGGAUUUGCUAAUAGUGAAGGAGUCUCAUUAAUAGGAAUUAAAUCGUUCCGAGUUUUCUAUCAGUUGAAACUAAAUUAUUGUUUUAACAUACGGAUUAUAAAUAUCGUCGAUUUUUGAUUUCUUAACUCGCGUUAUUCGCUGAAUAUUUUUUUUCUUCCUGCAAACCCAGGAGACCGUAUACUUUAUGAUUUGUUUUAUUCAACGAUUAUCAUGAGCAGUUCCUAAGUCUUUGUUGCGAAUUGAUGCGGCAAGUUCAAGGCUGGUUGCAAGUGAUCGAAAAUUUUGACACUUAAGUACACUUUACUUCAAUGAAGCGCAGCUUGGAAGAUGCCCCAUCUUGUUGCAAAACAUUUUGUGAUAUAUGGCAUAAUAAUGUACUAUGUAUGGGUAUGUUAUAUAUCGUGUACAAAGGUUUAUCAAAGUCUGUAUUUCAUAUAUUCAUUUUUCAUACAAAAAUAAAAAAAACACUAAGUACAA